CAAUUCUCGUGUUCGCCUCCACCGCUUGUUGAUUUUCGAAUAGCUUCUUCGCCAAGCCCUUGUGCUGAGCUGCUGCACCACUCGCCUUCCACCUUCACCUGUCUCGACCUCAGCCUUUCAGCUCCUACAAUGGCCACCAUCAGCGCUCGCACACUGACCGCGAGGAAUCCGACGGCUCUGCUCGGUCAAACCGAGUCAAUGACGUCCUCCAGUGUCAUCCCCUCCUUCUCCGGCCUCCGCGCCGCUGCGCCCGUCAAGGCCGCCGCGAAGUCCGCCGCCUGCGCGCGCGGCUGCAAGUGCUCCCGCCACUCAGUCGUCCGCGCCGCCGCCGCGUCCGCUAACAACGACGCGAACGAGGCCGCGUCGCAGACUCUCUUCGCCAGCGUGUCGCAGGCGACGUCGCCCGCCCCCGUCACAGAGAACCCCCUCCUCGUCCCCGGAAUCAUUGGCGCCGGCGUCGUCGGCGGAGCCGCGCUCGCGCUGCUGACCAACAAGCCGGCCGCCGCGCCGGCCGCCGCGUCUCCCACCGCCGCGACCACCUCCGGGGUGAUCCCGCGCGCGAAGCGCGCGGCGGCGCCCGCGCUGGCGACGAUGGCUGCAACGUUUCCGAAUGCGAUGCAGGAGGAGACGUUUAUGCACGCGGUGGCGGAGGAGCUGCGCAACCUGGGCUUUAAGCGCGACAACUGCAUCGCCCUCGUCAACACGUGCCGCGACGAAGUCUGCCGCCCGAUCGUGAAUCUGAUUGACCAGGAGUUCGGGAUGAGCUUUAACAUUGCCGGGCUCGGCGGGCUGGUGAUCUGCGGCAAGACCGGGUUCAAGGCCGCCAUGAGUCACUCGCCCGAGUUCCCGUGCGAGAAGGACGGCAAGCCCCGCGAGCGAUACAUUUUCUUCGGCUUCCCGCACGUGUCCAUCGGCGAGUCGGGCGAGGUGGGGUCUCUCCUGCGCCGUGGGCGCGGCAAGCCCUCCUCAGCGUGCGGAGCGCUGAUCGCCAUCAAGGGCGACAUCAAGGCGGGCGGCCCCGUGGUGGACGACCCCGAUAAUGCCGAGUACGUCGAGCUCAAGCGGAAGAUCAUCGCGCGGGUGAAGCCCUCCGGCUCCGACGGCCCCUCUCUGGUGCAGGUGACCAAGGCGGCCCUGCAAGCCAUCACUGACGACUUGGAGCACCUGAUUUCGCUCACAGUGGACCCUGCCACGGCCGACUAUGCCGUCAUCACCGGCGUGCAGAUCCACUCCGGCAACCAGAUUCCCGGGGAGCCCUUCCGCAUUGAGCGCACUUGCGACUACAUUGCGCCCAAUGCCAUGUACGCCGUGAUUCGCGGCGAGAAGCACAUUCUGCACACCGAGAUCAACCAAAUUACCGCCAUCAAGUCCGUGCCUGCUAACCAGUUCGCUUAGGAAUGUAAUGCUAUUCUUUAGUACUAGGGUGUAAAUCAUGUGUUAAUGUAUGAUAAGUUCAAAAGAACGGUUUAAUGGCGCCAUAACAAAAUUG